GGUAUUGUUCUCUUUGCCUUCCCGAAAACGGGAGAACUUCAACAAAAAAAAAGUUGUCAAAUGUCAAACUGUUUUUGGACCGUCAUGGUGAUAGUUGUACGAAAACUCGAAAACCAUCUGGGAUAAAUAAAAAGCGAUAGAGAUGUCGGAAAUGGAAGUGUCAGGGAGCAGUUCUGAUAACUGCUCAAAUGACCUAUUGCUCCUCGACCGUGUUUUCUUGAGACUCGGUAAUGCUGACACUGAUGACCAACUCGAGAGCUGUCUCAAUAGAUUCCUUCCUCCAGUAAUACUUAAGUUGUCGUCGCCCCAUGAACAGGUGCGAACAAAAGUUAUGGAAUUACUGGUGCAUGUCAACAAGCGUGUGAAAUGUAGAGCAGAAGUAAAAUUACCAGUCCAGACAUUGUUACAGCUUUAUAAAGAUCCUUCUGCAAAUAGUUUUAUAAUUAACUUUACCAUAAUUUACAUCACCAUGGGCUUUCCACGUUUACCUCGCGAACAGCAGUUGAGUCUAGCACCAUCUUUAUUAGAGGCUAUUGAAAAGAAACCGCAAGGACAUCAGGAUGGAAUCUUAAUGCUAGUCAUGCCUUUGCUUGGAGAAAUCAAAGAAUCUGACUUGAACUUAAAGGAGAAACCCAAACUUUCAUCAUUGAUUUUGAAAUUUGCAACAGAUGUUUUACUGUUACCAUACAGAGCAUUACCAAACCCUGGUGAAAGUGAUUUCCAAGUUCCACCAGGUAUGAGCAUGAAAACAUACAAAAGACUUGUAGACAAAAACCAGUUGAACCCUAACCAAUUGGAAGAGAUGAAACUAUCCAUAGUUAAUUUCAUAAGCAAAGACAUAUUUAAUAACAAUGACAUCCUCUUGACGUUGAUCGUGGCGGCCGCAGACUCACGGUUCAGUGUUGCUAACCAUGCUAACAGCCCCCUAAUAAGAGUCAACAGCUCUGUCGAUUGGUCUCAGCCCUCAGUGGUGGCGCCACUGUAUUCUCUGUACCUCGGUACGUGGGGUGGCUUGAAAGUGCCCCCGGAUGACCGCAAGGUACCAGCUUGCACAAGACUGAGGUUAAAACUGAUUCAGUAUUUGAACAAGGUUACCGGCCCUGCUAUAUUGUUCCCACAUUGUAUGCAGGUUGUUUUCUCUUCGUUAUUCGAUCCAAACACUAACUCGAGGCUCAGGAAUCUGGCUUUGGUGUUUCUGUUAAACGUAAUAAAUAGUGGUGAAGAGACUCAACUAAAGAAGGUUGCGCCGGUAUUCUUGCAGGGUUUGUUGAAGAUAAUUCGAUCUGAGGAACAUGCUGAGCAUCAACCUAAGGCCUACAUGUGUUUAGGUAGAUUGGGCAUGAAGUGUCCUGGCAGCGUGGGGGGACAACUGUCCCUUCUAGAGGAGUUGGUGGGCAAACUGCCUGCGCCCGCUGCCGACCUAUCGACGGCCCUCAGAGAUGCGCUGUUGGAGAUGGCUGCGGCAUACAAGAUCACAACGCCAGAGAAAUCUCCGGACACCAAUACGCCUACGCAAGGAUCGAGCUCCCAAGACUCCAAAAUGGAAGUGGACGAACCAAAUAAUCCAUUCGACGAACCUCAUGCGCUUGCUUUGUUCGCGCUACUUGAUCAUUACAUGCAUAGCGACGAAGCGAUGGUUCGAUAUGUCGCGACUCGAUACGCGGCGGUCGUGUUCCCAGCAAACUAUAUGCCUUCUCGGUACUUACUGCUGCUCGCCAGCGGUGACAGUCAAGAUGACAUAUCAAAUGAAGCACUUAAAUGUCUGUACGGUACUUCACGCGCCAUGGAAAUAGAGGAUGUCGUUAACAACGUAUGCAAGAAAGAGACAACAGUCGUCAAUUUAGACGAGGAAUCCUCCAAGAAGGAAAAAGACAACAAACAAGAGAUGGAAGAGUUUAUUGUGCCCAAGUUUAAAGAUGUGGUGGGAUAUAUUUGGGAGCAAAUGCAGAAACGUAAGAAGGGCUCGAACGCUAAACAUAGGUUCGUGAUCGGCAACCAGGUGUUGCAGUUUCACCCUCAAACUUAUCAAGAGAUUCUGAGAUAUAUGCGGAUGUGUUUGAACCGCGACGCUGAUUUGAAGGACUGCUCCAACCACCCGAAUGCAACUUCACCGCUGUUGGCAAAGUAUUUCCACAACAACUUGUUGGACACAGAGGUCUUGGAGCAAUACCUUACUAUGAUCACGUCUUUGCUUAACGCACGGCCUGAUGUGCUGCCGUUAACAUGCUUCCUGGACAUAGUGGGUUGUGUGCCCGAGAAAAUGGCCUCCAAAUACACGAACCUGCUGCCAUUCCUCAAGAAUCUAUUUACCACCAGUACCAAGGAGGAUAUAAGAGAUAACGCGGCAGUUAUUUACGCCAUCAUAAUUGUUAAUACGAACGAGAAAUCUGCGAUUGAGAGAGAGAUAAAAGAGUUUGUGGAACAAGGACAGAAUAAUAAGAGUUUGGAGAGUCAGUGCGGGUACCUGUGUGCGUUCGCCCAUAUCUGCGAGAGGUGUAUAGUGUAUUCGAAGAGGGGUAAAUUUGGUGGAAAAGGCUUUAACCCGACUAACUGGGGACCGUUUAAAGAGGGAGUUGUGGUUUUAGCUAAUUUCCUUAUAAGUCCUCUUACAUUACUAGUCAGUACUUCCGUCUCCGCCAUAUCUCUGUUGGCUCGAUGUUCAGGGAUGCCUCUACCAGAUUAUACUUCGAAACAAAAUCUACAGUUACAAAGUGAAAAUCCAUUUAACAUAAACAAAAGCGAUACGAAUAUAGACUCUGACGUGGAGAUCACAAAGUUCACAGUCGCAGAUAGACUGUUCAGGAUCGCUGGGAAUCCAAAACUGCCUUCAAAAGUUAAGGAGAGGUCUCUGUAUACUCUAGGACUGUUGUGCUGUGGAGAAAGGUUGACAUUUGCCAAACAAAUAGUGAUGGGAUUCUUGCAGAUGGCUAAAGAUAGUAAAGAGUUUGAAAUUCAUUUACAAAUAGGAGAAUCCUUAGUGUUGUGUAUGGAAGGUGUUAAUUCUAACGAAAAUCGAGACUUGUGGACUGAGUUACCCAAAGAGGCAGGAGCCAAAAUAAAAUCACCCGAUGCGUUGAAAGAAAAUGACAAUUUGUUGGAAUGGUUAUUAGAAGAAUUGUUCAAAAUUGGCAGACACCCACAUCCGCACUCCAGGCAGGCGACUAGCAUCUGGCUGUUAGCCUUACUGAAGAACUGCUCCGAUCGCGAACCGAUCAAGAGUAAGCUGCAGUCGUUACAAGAUGUUUUUAUGGACUAUCUGUCGGAAAAUAAUGAAAUCGUACAAGAUGUGGCCAGCAAGGGUCUCAGUUUGGUAUAUCAGAACUCGGAUGAAAGUCAAAAGCAAGCUCUUGUGGGGCAGAUCAUUGAACAGUUGACUAGUGGGAAGCGGUCAGUAGCUCAAGUCACUGACGAUACGAAGGUGUUUGAAGAGGGGCAGUUGGGAAAAGCUCCUACUGGUGGGAAUCUAUCUACUUACAAGGAGCUUUGCUCGCUGGCAUCAGACUUGAAUCAACCAGACCUUUUGUAUAAGUUUAUGCAUCUCGCACACCACAACUCCAUGUGGAACUCUAAAAAAGGCGCGGCAUUCGGUUUCCACUCGAUCGCCUUGCAAGCAGGUGCUCAACUAUCCGAACACUUGCCCCGUAUCGUGCCGCGCCUUUAUAGAUACCGUUUCGACCCAACGCCUCGCAUACAGAACUCUAUGGCAAGCAUAUGGCACGCCAUAGUGCCUAACACGCAGGCUACAGUACACAAAUAUCACAAAGAGAUCUUGGACGAUUUAGUGGCUAAUUUGACCUCGAACCAAUGGCGUGUCAGAAUGUCGUGCUGUAACGCGCUCGCUGAUUUAUUACGCGGAGCACAAAGUCUCCAUUCAUCUCUGGAAAAACUGCCGACGCUGUGGACGCAGUUGUUCAGAGUCAUGGACGACGUACACGAGGGGACGAGGCAAGCCGCCACAUCUACUGCCAAUGUUCUGUCUAAGCUUUGUAUCAGGGCAGCGGACGCGAAUCAGGGCAAAGACGGUAAGGAGGUGGUCGCCGUGAUACUGCCCGUAGUACUGGAGACUGGUAUCACUAAUGUUGUGAAGGAAGUCCGCAGUGUCAGCUUACAAACGGUAUCGAAGUUAGUGAGUGCGGCAGGAGCCAGUCUCAAGCCAUUCCUCAGCCGUCUAGUGCCGGCACUAGCGGGUGCGGCCGGGGAACUGGAGUCCGCGAAGCUGUCAUACCUGAGCACAGCCCUAGCGGCCGACGCCGGCGCUAGAGAUAUGCUCGACGAUAUGCGUGCUUCUGCCGCCAAACAUCACUACACUACUGAUACACUCGUAAAGUGUAUGCCGUACAUCGAUAUUGAAGUGAUGAAGGACAUGCUGCCGAGUUUACUGGAGCUCAUGAAAUCUCCCCAACUGGGUACUAAGGUCGCGUGCUGUCACUUCAUAGUAUUGGCCGCACAUUAUCUCCGAAACGACUUGGAACCUAUAGCGGGAAAGUUAAUGUCCAAUCUACUCAACGGCACUUUCGAUAGGAACGCGACCGUGAGGAAGAACUUUGCGGAGGCGUUGGGACAAGUCUCCGCUCACGCUAAGCCACAGUCCGCGGAGAAAUUGAUGAAGAAACUAGUGAAUCUCUACGAGACGAAAGAAGAUGACGCAUCUCGCACCGCAGUGGCUUUGACAUUGAAGGCCAUUGCGAAAGCCAAGAUAGAGCACAUCAAAGACAACGAAGAGAUCCUAGCGCCGAUGGUCUUCUUAGCUAUGCAUGGACAGAAAGAUGACGAUUCUGACAAGGUGGAGACAUUCGAAGAGGUUUGGGCGGAAAUGUGCCCGGCCCGUGAAGCCGGCAUCCGGCGUCAUCUGCCAGCCAUCCGGGCGUAUUUAGAGACCGCUUUGGGGUCCUCACGAUGGGCGGACAAGAUUCAGGCAGCGAACGCAAUCCAAACGGUGAACAAGCAGCUAUCAAAUGGCUUGGGAGAUCAACGCGAGCCAUUAUUACGCGCCCUACUCGCCGCCAGCGCCGGCAAGACAUUCGACGGCAAGUGGAAUCUAUUGCACGCUUUGGCCGAUGUAUGCGAAGUAAAAGAGGGCGAACAACCUAUCUCCGAGAGCUUAGCGGGAGAAUGCAUCAACGCGUUAGUGACGGAGAGUCGCAAGCAAGAGAUGGGCUACAAGAAACACGCGGUGACCGCACUAGCGCGCUGUCUCGCUCACACGCGCUGCGACCGCUUCCACCAGGUGUACGAUAUCGUCAAACACGUGCUGGCCAAGGACGAAUCAUCAGUAGGCAAAGAAUCGGACGAGGAGGACAACGAAGGCGCUCGUUUAAGGCGGGAGCAGUUGACCGCCCUGAAGGAAGCCGCGUAUGAGCUGCUGGGGAAAGCUUGGCCUAAGGAUCCGGAUACACAAGAGAAAUACCAACACGAGUUCUUCGAGCACUGCGCCCGUUCUUACCCGUCGAGUUCGCGGUCGACGCAAUUAGCGAUGCUGACUGCCAUUGCGCGCGUCAUAGAACGAUUGGCCAUCUUCAGUGCUGCAGACGAACCAAUGGACACUGACAACGUCGCCGCUACAGACAGAGAUAAGGCGAUCGCUGCUGUCACCGGGCACGUCGCUGCCGUUAUCGAUUACACGCUCAAAAACAGUAACCUUGUCAGGCACAGAAGGGACGCUCUGAAUAUAAUGGAAAUCAUAAUAAAGCAACUGAAAGAGUUAAAAAAAACAGAAGAACUGAGUAAGCUAAAGACAAUUUACCAAAACUACCAUCAAGACUUGUCGAAAGAUGAUUCACACGAAAUAAGAUCUAAAGUAGAUGCAAUUAAAGUCCACUUUAAAUAAUUCUAUCAUAAUAUGUGUAAUUUAUUGUCAAUAAGAUAUCCAUAUUAAAGAAUGAUCUUCAAGGUA